UCCGCUCCAUGUGCGUUGGGAACUCCAGGAGUCGAAUCGCGAAUUCCGGAUUUGACAGUUAUGGAGCAUUCGCUUGUCAGCAUUCUUUUCCUUGCUUUGCUUGAUUAGUCCUCAAAAGAUAAUUUUUCGGAAAUGGAGUUUGCACUGUUCAAUAAAUUUUGCAGUUUUACUUAAUUCCGAAUAAAUUGCAUUUUUCGUCAGAAGCCAUGAGCGAAAAUGUUUUGAAGCAUCUGUUGCUAUUCUACUUGUGAAUUUUAAACAGGUUAAUGGUGUUUCAGCGAAGGUUAAAUGUGUGUUACAGUGUAGGGUUUUAAUUAUUUGUCUAAGUUAUGCUGCUAUGAUAAAAGAAGACGCAUAUUUUGAAAUGACACUUUUUAGCCACAUUGUUGCCAGAGUUGAGUAACUUUUGCUUUAAAAUGCUUUUAUUAUGCAAACUUUGAACUCUUAUUAAGACUGGUGUAUUUUCCUUCAGUUAUCUUCAAAAUAAUUUCUGACUGAAAGAGUGGAUCAUUGAACUCAAAGAUGCCAAAAAGAAGAAUUCUUCGAAGCAUUUGGCAGAAAAUUUAAACCUAAAAAAUUCUCAAUUUAAUCGCACAUAUCAAGAGUUUUACUAUCUUGCUGCAAAAAGUAUCAACACAUUUUUUAGACUUUUUUUAAUCAAAUAUAACAUCAGAUACUAUAAAAGGUAACUUAGUAAAAAAUAAUGCAAAUAAUCUUUUACGCAUGUUUUCUACUAAAAUAGAAUACUGCAAAUGUUUUUAAUAUCAUCUGUAAAUUUACUUAAACAGGAAAGAAAGGCGGUGUGAUAUAAUUAGGUUUAAAACAGUUAUUAACGGAAGAAAAAACGGUUAAAAAUUUAAAACUAAGGAAAGAAAUACAAUUAAAUAACCAUAACGAAUUAUGUCAAUGAAAAUGUAAAGCUAAUACUAUCUAGAAAGGUCAGUGGAUUCAUCGGUAUUAUUUCAUAAAUUGUAAAAUACUUCUUGUCACAAAAAUAUAUUUCUUAAAAGAUUUAUAAAUUUCUUUGAAAUAAGGACAUAUCAUGUGUUGCAACAUUCCUAGUACAACAAGUUCUUUCCAAUGGUUUCUUUUUAACGUUAUAAUUCUUUCAUCCUAUGGCUUAAAUAAUGCUAAAGUAUGUUAAACUUCUCAAAAUAUUAAUUUUAAAUACUGAACAUUUUCUACUAUUUACAAUAACGUUAUAAGAUACUAAAUAGACAGUUAAAAUAAACAAGCACACUUCUGCAGUUACCCAAGAUGUUUGGAAAUAUCUUUGAAUAACGAAGCAAGAUGUUUUGGAAACAGUUUCCCUGGUUUUUGACGGCCUUAUGCCUUGCUGUUUCGGAACCAGAUUCUAAUGCACUGCAGCCAAUUCGACUGGCUGUCCUUGCACCAGAUGAUGAUUCCUUGCCGUUCUCUUUACACAAGAUCCUUCCCGCCAUAUUAUAUGCUGUAAGAACACUUCUGCGACAAGGCGAAAGACCAAUGGAAGUUUUAUACCGUGACACUCAAUGCUCCUCCACUUACGGUCCUCUAGCUGCGUUUUCACUGUAUAAUUCUGGUCUAGCAGAUAUUCUGCUGGGACCACUGUGCCCAUAUGUUUUGGCACCCGUAGCUCGAUAUUCUUCUGUUUGGGGUUUACCAAUACUUACCGCAGGAGGCCAGAAUGACAAUUUUGACCACAAAGAGCCUCAUUAUAAAAUCUUGACGAGAAUGAAUGGGUCUUAUUCUCAAAUCGGAACUAUAGUUCUGCAAGUGCUUCAGAAGUUUAAUUGGAAAGUGGUAGCACUUCUGUUCCAUAACUACGAAGAUCGAACCAGAGGAAACUCUAACUGUUAUUUCACCUUAGGAGCUGUCUUUACAGCUCUAGGAAAGAAAUCUUUUCAUAGAGGUUUUGAUGAGUCCAGUCCAGCUACCGAUUACAUAAAGUUACUGAAGGAGGUUUCUCUACAUUCAAGAAGUAAGUGA